GCCUACGCUACUGGUCCAGCCAGCCGUCUCCAGUCCAACUAACUGCUUAGUUCCUGGAUCAUGUUAAAAAGGACGCUGUAUCUGUAAGGCGCCCGACUGUCUGCGGCGUUGUGGCUGAGAAACUGACGCCCUCCGACUGCACGGUUAUUAUAGACGGCAUAGUUUCAUCCUGGACCUUGUGAGGAAAGCGGCGGUGUUGGAUUUAAAGGGGGUACAGCCGUCAAUCAAACGGAAGGAUUCGAACCAUUGUAACGGUGGACAGACAGACAGUGUGUUGCUGUGUGUGCGUGUGGAGACAACCGGACCGCCAGGUGUGUGUGUCCAGCCUACUAGCUGACUGUCAGGAUGAGGCCUGGUCAGCUGUAUGUUCUGGUUCCAGCCUCCGUUGCCCUCCUCCUCCUCCUCCUGGUCCUAUCAGAACCAUCUCAGACCAGCGCCUGCAACAAGGCCCUCUGCGCCUCGGAUGUCAGCAAGUGUCUCAUACAGGAUCUGUGUCAGUGUCGUCCGUCCGACGGGAACUGUUCGUGCUGUAAAGAGUGUAUGCUCUGCCUGGGGACACUGUGGGAGGAAUGCUGUGACUGUGUCGGGAUGUGUAACCCUAAGAACUACAGCGAUACUCCAGCCACCUCUAAGAGCACAGUGGAGGAACUCCAUCGACCAAUCCCCUCGUUGUUCCGAGCCCUCACGGAGGGCGAUGCCCCUAUCAACAUGAUGGUGGUGUCCUUCCCCGUUGCCGAGGAACUAUCUCACCACGAGAACCUGGUCUCCUUCUUGGAGACGCUUGACGACCAGCAUCAGAACAUGUCAAUCCCCGGCAACAGCAUUCACGCAAGAUACGACACUCAAGAUAACAUGUGUACGGUGGUCUACUUUGACGACUGCGUAUCCAUCCGCCAGUGUAAACUAUACUGUGAGUCGAUGGGAGGGUCGAAGUACCGCUGGUUCCACAACGCCUGCUGUCAGUGCAUCGGCCCGGAGUGUCUGGACUACGGCAGCAAGGCUGUGAAGUGCAUGAACUGUCUGUUCUGAAGACUGACGGUGGAUGGAUCUAUGAACUGUCUGUUCUGAAGACUGACGGUGGAUGGAUCUAUGAACUGUCUGUUCUGAAGACUGGCGGUGGAUGGAUCUAUGAACUGUCUGUUCUGAAGACUGGCGGUGGAUGGAUCUAUGAACUGUCUGUUCUGAAGACUGACGGUGGAUGGAUCUAUGAACUGUCUGUUCUGAAGACUGACGGUGGAUGGAUCUAUGAACUGUCUGUUCUGAGGACUGACGGUGGAUGGAUCUAUGAACUGUCUGUUCUGAAGACUGGCGGUGGAUGGAUCUAUGAACUGUCUGUUCUGAAGACUGGCGGUGGAUGGAUCUAUGAACUGUCUGUUCUGAAGACUGACGGUGGAUGGAUCUAUGAACUGUCUGUUCUGAAGACUGACGGUGGAUGGAUCUAUGAACUGUCUGUUCUGAAGACUGACGGUGGAUGGAUCUAUGAACUGUCUGUUCUGAAGACUGACGGUGGAUGGAUCUAUGAACUGUCUGUUCUGAAGACUGACGGUGGAUGGAUCUAUGAACUGUCUGUUCUGAAGACUGACGGUGGAUGGAUCUAUAAACUGUCUGUUCUGAAGACAGGCGGUGGAUGGAUCUAUAAACUGUCUGUUCUGGAGACUGACGGUGGAUGGAUCUAUGAACUGUCUGUUCUGGAGACUGACGGUGGAUGGAUCUAUGAACUGUCUGUUCUGAAGACUGACGGUGGAUGGAUCUAUGAACUGUCUGUUCUGAAGACUGACGGUGGAUGGAUCUAUGAACUGUCUGUUCUGGAGACUGACGGUGGAUGGAUCUAUGAACUGUCUGUUCUGGAGACUGACGGUGGAUGGAUCUAUAAACUGUCUGUUCUGAAGACAGGCGGUGGAUGGAUCUAUGAACUGUCUGUUCUGAAGACUGACGGUGGAUGGAUCUAUGAACUGUCUGUUCUGGAGACUGACGGUGGAUGGAUCUAUGAACUGUCUGUUCUGAAGACUGACGGUGGAUGGAUCUAUGAACUGUCUGUUCUGAGGACUGACGGUGGAUGGAUCUAUAAACUGUCUGUUCUGAAGACUGACGGUGGAUGGAUCUAUGAACUGUCUGUUCUGAAGACUGACGGUGGAUGGAUCUAUGAACUGUCUGUUCUGAAGACUGACGGUGGAUGGAUCUAUGAACUGUCUGUUCUGAAAACAGGCAGUGGAUGGAUCUAUGAACUGUCUGUUCUGGAGACUGACACCAUAUAUAUGGACCAAACCCAUGGGCGGCUCGAGGGAGGGGCUAGACGAUGUGGAAGCCUCCUCAACACCCCAUUAGGAACCCCCCAAAAAAUAUUUUAUUAAUAUAUGAAUGCAUUUACACCAUACAGAGCCUUCGGAAAGUAUUCAGACCCCUGGACUUUUUCCACAUUUUGUUACAUUACAGCCGUAUUCUAAAAUUGAUUAAAUAAUUUUUCCCCCACAUCAAUCUACACACAAUACCCCAUAAUGACAUCACAAUACCCCAUAAUGACAUCACAAUACCCCAUAAUGACAUCACAGUACCUUAUAAUGACAUCACAAUACUCCAUAAUGACAAAGCGAAAACAGGUUUCUAUACAUUUUUGCAAAAACAUAAAAUAUGUAUGACAAAUAAAAAACAAAACAGAAAUACCUCAUUUAAAUAAGUAUUCAGACCCCUGGACUUUUUCCACAUUUUGUUACGUUACAGCCUUAUUCUAAAAUUGAUUAAAUCAUUUUUCCCCCUCAUCAAUCUACACACAAUGCCCCAUAAUGACAUCACAAUACCCUAUAAUGACAUCACAAUACCCCAUAAUGACAUCACAAUACCCCAUAAUGACAUUACAAUACCUUAUAAUGACAUCACAAUACCCCAUAAUGACAUCACAAUACCCCAUAAUGACAUCACAAUACCCCAUAAUGACAUCACAAUACCCCAUAAUGACAUCACAAUACCCCAUAAUGACAUCACAAUACCCCAUAAUGACAUUACAAUACCUUAUAAUGACAUCACAAUACCCCAUAAUGACAUCACAAUACCCCAUAAUGACAUCACAAUACCCCAUAAUGACAUCACAAUACCCCAUAAUGACAAAGCGAAAACAGGUUUCUAUACAUUUUUGCAAAAACAUAAAAUAUGUAUGACAAAUAAAAAACAAAACAGAAAUACCUCAUUUACAUAAGUAUUCAGACCCUUUACUGUGAGACUUAACAUUGAGUUCAGGUGCAUCUUGUUUCCAUUGAUCAUCCUUGAAAUGUUUCUACAACUUGAUUGGAGUCCACCUGUGGUAAAUUCAAUUGAUUGGACAUGAUUUGGAAAGCCACACACCUGUCUAUGUAACGUCCCACAGUUGACAGUGGGUGUCAGAGCAAAAACCAAGCCAUAAGGUUGAAGGAAUUGUCCGUAGAGCUCUGAGACAGGAUUGUGCCCCAAAAACACAGUGGCCUCCAUCAUUCUGAAAUGGAAGAAGUUUGGAACCACCAAGACUCUUCCUAGAGCUGGACGUCUGGCCAAACCGAGCAAUCGGGGGAGAAGGGCCUUGGUCAGGGAAGUGACCAGGAAUCUGAUUGUCACUCUGACAAAGCUCAAGAGUUCCUCUGCGGAGAUGGGAGAACCUUCCAGAAGGACAAACAUCUCUGCAGCACUCCACCAAUCAGGCCUUUAUGGUAGAGUGGCCAGAUGGAAGUCACUUCUCAGUAAAAGGCACAUGGCAGCCUGCUUGGAGUUUACCAAAAGGCACCUAAAGGACUCAGACCAUGAGAAACAAGAUUCUCUGGUCUGAUGAAACCGAGAUGGAACUCAUCUGGAGGAAACCUGGCAAUCCCUACGGUGAAGCAUGGUGGUGGCAUCAUCAUGCUGUUGGUGUUUUUUUCAGCGACAGGGAUUGGGAGACUAGUCAGGAUCAAGGGAAAGAUGAACAGAGCAAAGUACAGAGAGAUCCUUGAAAACCUGCUCCAGAGCGCUCAGGACCUCAGACUGGGGCAAAGGUUCACCUUCCAACAGGACAAUGGCCCUAAGAACACAGCCAAGACAACACAGGAGUGGCUUUGAGUGGCCUAGCCAGAGCCCGAACUUGAACCCGAUCGAACAUCUCUGGAGAAACCUGAAAAUAGCUGUGCAGCAAUGCUCCCCAUCCAACCUGACAGAGCUUGAGAGGAUCUGCAGAGAAGAAUGGGACAAACUCCCCAAAUACACGUGUGCCAAGCUUGUAGCGUCAUACCCAAGAAGACUUGAGGCUGUAAUCGCUACCAAAGGUGCUUCAACAAAGUACUGAGUAAAGGGUCUGAAUACUUAUGUAACUGUGAUAUUGAAGUUUGCAAAAAUGUCUAACAACCUGUCAUUAUGGGGUAUUGUGAUGUCAUUAUGGGGUAUGGUGAUGUCAUUAUGGGGUAUUGUGAUGUCAUUAUGGGGUAUUGUGAUGUCAUUUUGGGGUAUUGUGAUGUCAUUAUGGGGUAUUGUGUGUAGAUUGAUGAGGGGGAAAACGAUGUAAUCCAUUUUAGAAUAAGGCUGUAACGUAACAAAAUGUAGAAAAUGUCAAGGGGUCUGAAUACUUUCUGAAUGCUCUGUAUAUUACAAGCACCACCACACAACAACCUACCCCUUAGCCACCUCAGUGGCUCAGUGUAAGUUUCUGGUGUCAUCGCUGACCAAACCUGACUGACAAGUUGGUCCAAUAUGUUUGUGAUUGUGCCUAGAUUCCUCUCAGUCAGCUAUCUGACUAUCACUGAUAUGGGUCUCUUUCACGUGUCUCUGAAUGUAAAAUAUUUUCUUCCCACGGAUUAUUUUGUAUUAUUAUUAUUAUUAUAUUGUGUUGCUAUUGUAUGUUUCAUAUUUACAUAUGUACUUUAUAUUGAUAACGGAUUUUUUACAAUAAUGGUCCACUUCCCAUCAUAUUUGGGGCGGCAGGGUAGCCUAGUGGUUAGAGCGUUGGACUAGUAACUAGUCGUUCUGUCCCUGAACAGGCAGUUAACCCACUGUUCCCAGGCCGUCAUUGAAAAUAAGAAUUUGUUCUUAACUGACUUGCCGAGUUAAAUAAAGGUAAAAUAAAAUAAAUAAAUAAAUAAAAA